CCGCAUGCAUGGGGUUUGGGUGCAGCGCAGAUCCAUGAUACAGAAAAUGCGGGACUCGGUAUCUGACUGUCGCUAAUGUGUACAAGGUCUUCGCUGAGGCUGGCGGUCAAGACGCCAGUUCUUCCGAGAGAUGAGGCAAAGGAGAGCAAGCUACGAAAUAGGAUGAGCGCGAAUAUCAGCUGCUUGCCUCAACCGAUGUGUGCACAGACCAUCUCUGAGCCGGCUACGCCCGGAAUCCCUCCGGACACUGUCACAUAGGGGAAAUUCGACACUCACUAGAUACUCACUCAACCGAACUCCCCCAGACACAUAACUCAUCAACAAGUCCGUUCAAUAACAUCGCGCGCGUACUAGCUUUGCCAACAUGUCCGAUCAGUGGCAAGGCAUCAUUUUUGAUGAUCCAAGGUCUGGGCACCCCAUGCUUCCUCUCGUGAUCAAAGUUAUGCGUUGCAUCUACCGCACUGUUAAUCCCACACGCCCACCGCCAUUUACAGUAAUGAAAUGGCGGCACUCGCAAAGCCUUUCUUACCAGGUUCAUGAAGAUGGAUAUGUGCCGUCAAUUGUCAUCCUCAAUCUCCGAGAGGGCCAGCAAGAUUCAACCAUGAAAACCCUCUUCACGAUCAAUUUAAACACCAUGACGGUUAACGAUAAGGUCCGACACAGGCAUUUCCCUGUACCUGAUGAAAUUGGCUCUUCCCUGAGGGAGCUUGAUGAGUACGUGAGGACAAUUGUCCGGGAGAAAAAGGAAGCAGAAGUGGAGGAAGCACGUCGCCGACAGGCCUUCUAUCGCUGUCUUUUCGACAAAGGUCUGAUCGAUGAAGAUUACGGGAAGUCGUUCUCCAUCGACAGCCUGCUUUGCCCUAUCUGUUCAUCGCAGCAGACAUCGUGCAGCAAGUGCAAAAUUAUCUCGUGCUCCAACAGUGAUUGUGCAGCCUCCUCUGCCGUCCCCAUUGUACGGUGUUCCCAGGCCUUUCAUCAAGCAAGGCAAUUCUGUACUUCAUGUUUGGAGUCUCCAGGCUCUCUGCCUCAGCUGGGCAGAUGUCCCACAUGUUCACGCUUGUUCUGCUCAAGAGAGCUCAAUUGGUGUGUUGGACGCCCAAUUUCUGACGACGGCGGGAUCGCAACUCCUUCAUCGAAUCCCGAAAUAACCCGAGUACACUCAGCGCGGCCACUGUCUUGCAACGCCGCAAUAAACUGCAUGUCAAACGGUCAAAAUGGCCGUCAGUGCUCCAACCCUGGUUGCUGGUCCAUUCAGCUCUGCGGCACCAAAGUGUGUCCCGAAUGCACCACGCAGGAUAGCUUUUCCUGCCCAUGUGGUCGGUACUGGACUUGCGGCGGUUGCGAGUCGCAGUCUUCGACCGUUCGUAGGCUUCUUACGUGCCCUCGAUGCCUUCAGUGUUUCUGCCCAUCGUGCUCAUACAUCAGGGCUUGCAAGGUAUGCCGACGUGUGGGGCUCUGUAAUGACUGCAUGGAAGAAGUGAGCGAAGAAGCUGAGCACACACCGGACGGAAACCUCCUUGUCCAGUGCCAGAACUGCCAAGGUCAUUUAUGCAACGCAUGCGAUGAUGGUGGGAAAUCAUGUUGUACGUGUAGUCGAGUCCUUUGCAGGCUUUGUGAAGAAGAGUGCAAACGUUGUUCUCAUUUCCGCCGUAUCUGUGGUGAUGACUACGGUUUUUUUGAGUUUGGCUCCGGUGGUGAAAUGAUUUAUCACAAUUUCUAGUAAUUCGACGUUCAACUUUCAUCAGUAAUCAGUAUAGUUAUUUCUGGUCUAAUGUACUUAUAUCUUGCUAGUUCCUAUUUCAUCGUGCCAAUUCCGAUU